CCCUAACAAUCGAGUCAGUUGAACAUUGGACAAGAUUGCGGAAAGAGCUUGAUCUAAGCUUGCGGACACUUUGCAUACUGCUUAAAAAGUAAAGAUUACACAGGCAGAACAAAAAGACUUUAUCGUCCUUUUUAUAAAUGAUGAAGUCUAUACCGAUAGCAUUAUGUUGUGUUUUUGCUUUGAGUAUGCAGCUGGUUGAAUCUGACGACAAAGUUGAUGAUAUCAUGAAAACACGACUACCUAGAGGUCCUCCCAAGAAAACAAAUGUUAGCAAAACCAGUUGUCAUGCGCCUGGUGUACCUGGAUUUCCUGGUGUACCUGGAUUUCCUGGUGUACCUGGUUUUCCAGGUCAUAAUGGUGUGCCAGGAGCCAAAGGAGCCAAUGGAAGUGAUGGAAAGCCGGGAAAGAUAGGUCCAUCAGGGCCAAAAGGGGACAAAGGAAUCCAAGGUGGUAUGGGAAGGACUGGUGUUAAGGGUGAAAAGGGGGAAGCUGGUGAACAAGGGCCUGUGGGAGCUAAUGAAUCCAACUGGAAGCAAUGCUUUUGGAAUAAGGAGGUUGGACCAGUUAAUGGACUUAUAAGGACAUGCAGUUUUAUAAAAAAACGUGACAAUACUUAUCUUCACGUGUUUUACUCUGGAAAUCUCUUUAUUCAAUACUGCAACACGUGUUGCAAGCGUUUUUAUUUUAAAUUCAAUGAAAACGAAUGUGAUCCUACAAUUGAAGGUGUUUAUUACACAAAACGACCUAGAGAAGCAUCUGAUAUCAAGCAUCAUCGUCACAUCGAGGGAUAUUGUGGUAACAUCAAUAAGGGUACUGUCAUUGUUGGUUUCUAUGUCAGUAAUUGUCAGGGACUUUCCAGUGCAUACGUCUACAGUGGGUGGAAUUCAGUAUCUCGAAUUGUGAUCCAAGAAGUUCUACCACCUCAGGCUUAAUUCAAACCAAGCUGAAUCUGAAUUGUUGUUGAAUACGCUAUACUUAUCAUAAUUGUUGCUAUGAUUUUUAUAAACAUAAAGCUCUUUUCAAUGUUGUCUCUUUGUUGUCUAUGUCACUGAUUCGUUCACAACUUUUGAUGGGUUAUUAAAGUGCACAUAGAUCUAUUUUUAGUCUUUUAUUCUUAAAUAGAUUUUGAAUAAAUAAUACAAAUACAGAA